CUUCGGGUCUCAACCGAAGACGAUUACUUUAUUACUUGCAGCAGUACAUGAGUUGGUGUCAUCUCCGUCACAUAUUUAGAGCCUAAUAUCACAAAAAAACAAAACCUAUUUCCUUUCUCCCUCCAACACUGCAUCGGUAAUGCACCCGCACGAUGACCUCAUUACGUGUUUUUGUGUUAUCCAAGUCACACGUUCUACGUUUUGUUGAGAAAUUAUUUUUCGUUAGCAAUUACCGACGUACAAUAAUGGGAAAAAGGAAGCGAUCGGCAUCGAGGGAUAGUGAUUAUGAUGGCAUUUUGCGAAAAAUGAGGAGGUUGGAGCGUAAAAUUAAGAAAAGACAAAGACAACGGUCAUUAUCUGUGUCGUCGGAAGAUUCACGGCCAGAUUAUACAGGUGGAGGCCAUCUAGAAGAAACCCUCUAUGACGAGGUUAUUACUAUUGACAAUAACGAGUGCUCGCCUACUCAGCUCGAGACAACUGAGCCAGCCGACACCGAUGAUCCAAGCGAACCGGCGGCGCCGGCGGCGCCGGCGGCGAGCGCAGAUGUACAGGAUGAUGCUACAGAGGCGCCGUUAGAACCUGAAGUUCUACAACUCCUUGGUGAAGACCUUGUGAAUCAAAAAAGUUUCGGAGAUAAUUUGCAUAAGGACAUUGCUCCUAGAUGGACGCAUAUUCUUGUUAAUGGCCUGUCUAAAGAUAACCAAUCCGAACUGUUGAAACGUUACUUACCACCAGAGAAUUGUCCAAAUCUAAGAGCACCAAAACUCAAUUUAGAAAUAAAAGCGGCUCUUCCGGACAUAAAUGUAAAAAAAGAUUUGUACAACCAAGGUAAACAAAACCAACUAGCUAGUAGUCUCGCUGCAAUUGGACAAGUCUUAAAUUGGGCCCUUGCAUCUAAAAGUACGGUUCCUCAGGAUAUAAUAAAGACUUUGAGUGACGCUGGAAGACUUAUUUGCGACAGUCAUUACAGAGAAUCACAAGCUCGCAGGUACGCUGCGCUAAAUAUUCUCAAUAAAAAUAUCAGAGAUACGGUGAAAAAUACUAAGAUAGAUGAACAUCUUUUUGGAUCUGAUUUGUCAGAACAUAUCAAAUCAUCGAAAGCCAUUACCAGGACUGGAUCGGAAUUGAAACAGGCGCCACGAACUCCAUACAAGGCGCCUCCAGCUCCACAAGUGCAGAGGGGAGCUUUAAACUCGAGGGGGGCGUCGCGUGCAGCAGCGGCAGAGCCGCGGACGAACCCCGCAGCACGCCGGCCGCCGCGGGAUCGCCGCCAGGACUCGGCGCGGGGUCGCCGCCCCAACACCGCACACACGCGCCAGCAGGCGAGGGGACGCCAGUAGAAAUCCUACCACAGGUACCUAUAGCUGGUCGAUUAAAAUACUUUUACGACAAAUGGAGUGAACUUACAGAAGAUCCUAUAAUUUUGUCAUGGGUGAAAGGGUAUAAAAUACCCUUCCAAGAUAAGCCCAUGCAACACAUUCAAGAACAAAAUAACAUCUGUAGUUCCAAUUCUCAAGCCAAAAUUAUUGAUGAAAGCAUCACAGAACUAUUAGACUCAGAUUUCAUUUCGCCUUGUACUCCAUGUGAAGGACAAUUUAUAUCACCUAUUUUUACAGUACCUAAGCCGAAUGGAAAACAUAGGUUUAUAUUAAAUUUAAAGAAACUAAAUAAAUUCAUUCAAGUUCAACAUUUUAAAAUGGAGGACUAUCGAACAGCUAUAAAACUACUAAACAAAAACUAUUUCAUGUCUACAAUAGAUCUUCAGGAUGCUUAUUUUUUAAUAUCUGUAGAUGAAAAUGACAGAAAAAUGCUGCGUUUUCAGUGGCGAUCACAACUAUAUCAGUUUAACGUUCUUCCAUUUGGCUUGUGUACUGCACCUUUUGUCUUUCCGAAAUUAUUAAAACCUGUUCUACAAUAUUUACGUGCCUCUGGACUGCUAUCAGUAACAUACUUAGAUGACUUUUUAUGUAUAGGCAAAUCUUAUGACGAAUGUUUAUUAAACGUAAACAAUACAAUACAUAUUUUGGAAUCUUUAGGAUUUGUUAUAAACGUUAAAAAAAGCGUUAUGAUACCAAAUAAGAUAUGCAAAUUCUUAGGUUUUAUUCUAAAUACUACGGACAUGAUUAUUACUUUACCUGUGGAAAAGAAACAACGCAUUAGAAAUAAAGCAACGGAGCUUAUGCGUAAAAAUAUGUGUUCUAUUAGAUUCUUCGCAGAAUUCAUAGGCCUUUUGACCUCCGCAUGCCCAGCUGUUAGUUACGGUUGGGUGUACACCAAACUGUUUGAACGCGAAAAGUUUUUAGCUUUAAAUUAUUCAGACGACUAUAGUAGGUCAAUGAUACUUAAAAAUAUUCUAAAAAAUGAUUUAAUAUGGUGGAGAGACAAUAUAUCAUCGUCAUUCUGUCCUAUUCGAAAAAACAUUUUCUCUCUAGAAGUCUUUAGUGAUGCAUCUAAUACUGGAUGGGGCGCAUCAUGCGGCGGUCAAAAUGCAAAUGGCAACUGGUCUAAGACUGAAUCGACCCUACAUAUAAAUACUCUCGAGCUUAAGGCCGCAUUUUACGGACUAAAGAUAUUUACUGCAGACUUGCGAGAUUGUGAUGUUCUUUUGAGAAUUGAUAACACCACUGCCAUUUGUUACAUUAAUAGAAUGGGCGGUGUGCAACACCCUCAUUUAAAUGAACUUGCCCGUAAUAUUUGGCAGUUGUGUGAGGUAAAAAACAUCUUUGUAUUUGCCUCCUACAUCAAGUCGAGUGAUAAUGUAAUAGCAGAUCGGGAAUCUCGUCGAUUAAAUAUAGACACAGAAUGGGAAAUUUCUAAACAAGCAUUUUUACAAAUUACAAAUACAUUAGGAAACCCUGAAUUUGACCUUUUUGCAAGUGCUCAGAACUAUAAAUGCGUUAGAUAUGCAUCAUGGAAACUUGAUCCUUAUUCUGAAGUGGUUGACGCGUUUACUUUUGGUUGGCAGAACAUCAAUUUUUACGCGUUCCCUCCUUUCAGUUUAAUAACUAGGGUUCUAGAAAAAAUAAUCACGGAUAAAGCCAAAGGUAUCGUAGUGGUACCCUACUGGCCAUCACAGCCAUGGUACCCCUUGUGGUCUAGACUUGUUAUAUCAGAAAAAAUAUACUUUGGACCUGAUAAAUGUUUAUUAUACUCUCCUUUCAGGGACUGCCAUCCACUCCACGCAGACCUUAUCCUGGUGGCAGCCAAAUUAUCAGGGAGUCAAUGAUUAGGCGUGGUGUACCACAAGAGUCCCUAGAUAUAUUGAUGGCGUCUUUUGCAUCAAAUACAUUAAUUCAAUAUAACAGUUCAAUAAAGUCUUGGUGGCUAUAUUGUAAAAAUAAUCAUUUUGAUAUUUAUGAGGCUAACACUAGUACAGUAAUACUAUAUUUAACCAAGAAGUUUGAGGAAGGCGUUGGAUACAGUAGUCUAAAUACACAUAGGUCUGCUUUAUCAAUCAUUCUUGGUACCCAUAUUACUUUAAAUGACUGUGUCAAUCGUUUUUUAAAGGGCGUGUAUAGGCUUAAGCCUCCUAAACCUAAAUAUAAUUCAACAUGGGAUACAAAUACAGUGAUAGACUACCUUUCCAAUAUGCAUCCAUAUGAUAAUAUUUCGUUAGCUGAUUUGUCAUAUAAAGCUUGUACUUUACUAGCAAUAGCCUCUGCCCAAAGGAUGCAGACUCUUGGUCUGAUCAAAAUAAACAAUAUAUUAUUACAAACUAAUAUGAUUGUGAUUAGAAUCACCGACUUAAUCAAAACCUCGAAACCUGGAGCCUGCCAACCACUAAUCAAAUUACCUUUCAUUCAUGAAAACCCUAGUAUUUGCCCGGCGCUAGCAAUCAAAACUUAUUUAGAGAGAACCAAAGAUUUGCGUGGUAAUCAAGAACACCUUUUCAUAGGGAUACGUAAACCUUAUAAAAACGUGGUUCUCAAACUUUGGCGAAAUGGGUUAAAAAGGUACUGCAAGACAGUGGAAUUGAUAUAACGAUAUUUGGAGCUCACAGUACUCGAGCAGCGUCCACAUCUGCGGCUCACAGGUCGGGGGUUAAUUUGGAAGUGGUUCGCAAGGCUGCAGGCUGGAGCGACUCCUCGAAUGUAUUUCUAAAAUAUUAUUUUAGAGAGGUUGUACAUACAGACAAUAACGAAUUUGUAAAUGCUGUAUUAAACACAAAUUAAGUUAGGAACUUACACAUUGAGGUUAAUUACACUUAUAUUAUUAACUUUCAUAGGUUAAGAGAACUAUAAAUGUAUUUUUACCUUUCUGAUCAUAUUCUUUGAUUAAAUAUUACAAAUGUUAUUAUAAUAUAUAGUUUAUUACAUUAAAACUUACGAUUACAACAUUUUUCUUUUUUACAAUAUUACAUUGCUCUGAACAUCUGCAAGUAAUAAAGUAAUCGUCUUCGGUUGAGACCCGAAGUAUAAUUAAGAAUCAAACGAACUUACCUAGUGAUGUUUGAUUCCAAUUAUGCGAGGGUCUCAACCGAAGACGAUUACUCCAUCCCGACCUCACCCACCCAAAAAAAAAAAAAAAAAAAAAUGUUUAUUACACAAAAACCUUACUCUGAAACAA